UUCGAGGGUGAACUGGACCUGUGCUGUAACGGUCAUUCAGGUUGAUAGUUCAAUGUGCCGUUGUUCUUUUGUUCACGUCCCUUUUGCCAAGAAUGGCCGGCCUUUUCCAGUGUGAGUUAGAAGGCAGUGAAAAUAACGUCACUAUUCUUCGCGCGAACCUAACAAGCGAUGGGGACGCUUACGAAUGGAUUACCAGCUACGGUAAUGCGACGAAUACCUCAUGGAUCUUCGACUGGCGAAUUGCCGACCCGCAACGGAUGGUGUUCCACCAAAAGUGGCGCUGCCAGCAGAGCAGUGUUGGCAAGACCGCUGGUCGCCAUGCCACCAACUGCCCAGCCUUCGUGGACAUCAAAAUAAAAAAAAUUAACAAGAACACCAAAAAGAAUGAUGCCUUUCUAAAGAAGGCAGUCCCGCUGGCAGCGGUGAUCAAGCUUAGAGAAGAUCACAGCCACAACCCUGGCUGUGCCGACGAACUGCGGCUACUGAAGAGCACGGCGGACACCCGAGCACUCUUUCACGGGUACUUCAAGGACGGACUCACCCCGGCAGAGGCAAUGUGCCGGCACCAAGAGAAGCUGGCGGCUACUAAUGCAAGUAUGGAGCACCUUGCCAGUGGUGCUCAGAACCCCAGUGCACGCACAGUGUACCAUUGGUACUCAAGUUGGCGGGUUGAGCCCUAUGGUGAACCUGUGGACCCCAUCAAGAAACUGGGUGAAAAGGCGGCGACGCAUCUACAGCAUGGUAUGUCACUCGCCACCGCCAGUUGAUUGUCAUUGAAUAAAUACGGAUUUUUUAAAGUGAAUAACUUAAAUGUUGAAUGCUAAUGCGGCACUCGAGUCCAAUAGGCGCUGAGCCGA